AUGAAGACGGACGGAGGGACGCAGACGUUCAGCGGCAGGAAGCAGAGUCUGAUCGAGGAUGCGCGGCGGGAGCGCAGCAGCGGCGGCGGCGGCUCGGCGGGCUCCCCGGGGCCCUCCCGGUACGGAGACGGCUUCGUGUUCGAGGAGAAGCAGGGCAGGGUCACCGUGAACGUCCUGUUCGCCCUCAGCGGGGGUAAAAACGCGGGAUUCUUCAAAACGGGCAAAAUAUUUGAGACGUUUGAAGCCAAACUCCUCCACAUCGAGAGUCGCCCGGGCAGGAAGUCAAAGAACUGCACGACCGACCUGGAGUUCUUCAUGAAGUGUGAAGUCCACAGCUCCGACCUGGACGUGUUCAUCAACUCCCUGAAGCGGGUGGCAGACGACGUUCGCUCCGUACCGGAGGAAAAAGUUCCCUGGUUUCCCCGACAGAUAAAAGACCUCGACAGAUGCAACAUGUUAAUAACCAAAUUUGAUCCAGACAUGGACCAGGACCAUCCGGGAUACAAUGAUCCAGAGUACAGAAAAAGACGGGCUGCCAUCUCUGAGCUGGCCUUCAGAUACAAACAGGGAGACCCGCUGCCCACGGUGGAGUACACAGCAGAGGAAAUAUCUACAUGGAGGCAGGUUUACCAGCAGCUGCGCAGUAUCUACCCCAGUCUGGCCUGCAGACAGUUCCUGGACGGCCUGCAGCAGCUGGAGAAGGAGUGCGGCUACGGAGAGGAGCGCAUCCCUCAGCUCCGAGAGAUCUCUGCCUUCCUGAAAGAGAGAACUGGUUUCCAGCUGCGUCCAGUCGCCGGCCUGCUGUCAGCCAGAGACUUCCUCGCCAGUUUGGCCUUCCGGGUGUUUCAGUGCACUCAGUACAUCCGACACUCCUCUGCGCCCAUGCACUCCCCUGAGCCAGACUGCUGUCAUGAACUGCUGGGCCAUAUUCCCAUGCUGGCAGAUAAGGAAUUCGCCCAGUUCUCCCAGGAGAUUGGACUUGCUUCACUCGGAGCUUCAGAUGAGGACAUUGAGAAACUGUCAACGUUGUACUGGUUUACUGUGGAGUUCGGCCUCUGCAAGCAGAAUGGAGCAGUGAAAGCUUACGGCGCUGGACUCCUCUCGUCUUAUGGAGAGCUUGUGUACGCUCUGUCAAACGAACCAGAGUACAAACCCUUCAACCCGGAGGAGACGGCAGUGCAGCCGUACCAGGACCAGACCUACCAGCCCGUCUACUUCGUGUCUGAGAGCUUUGAGGAUGCAAAGAUAAAGCUGAGGAAGUACUCUGCCAACAUCAAGCGCCCCUUUGCAGUCCGCUACGACCCCUUUACCUGCAGUGUGGAUGUUCUGGACCAGCCCAGCAAGAUCCAGAACGCCCUGAGCCAGAUGAGAGAGGACCUGAAGACCCUUCACAACGCCUUGGAGAAGCUCAGCUAAUCUUAAAACCAGGAACAGAGACGAGAAAGUCACGCAGGCGGCAGAAGACAUGACCGGACAUUUAACCUUUGUUCGCUAAACACUGUACGUGUUAGAUUUGCGGUUCUGACCAAUACAGAACAUCACAAUGUAGUCAGGUUAGUGAGGCUCCAUUUACUGGUGUGUAUAAUGUAUUAUGUAAAGAAAUAAACAUUUAUUUUCAUGA